CAUUUUGCUUGAAACUUUAUCAGGAAAUUCUACAGUCCCCAAAUGGAGCUUUGGUGUGGUCUUUCCUAAAACCUGUAUUACAUGGAAAAAUACUAUACACGCCAAGCACUCCAGUGAUUAACAAGGUCAUUCAAAAGGCUAAUUACACAUUUUAUUUUGUUGACAAGCUAAAAACUUUAUCAGAAACGCUGCUGAAAAUGUCCAGCCUUUUCCUGAGAAGUGGAAACAGCCAGAUGUUUAACCAGCUGCAGGAAGCCCUGAGAAACAAAUUUAUAAGAAACUUUGUAGAAAGCCAGCUGCAUAUUGACGUAGGCAAACUUACUGAAAAACUCCAGAUAUACGGUGGGAUGCUGGAUAAGAUGUUUGACCAUGCAAAAGCUGGGCACUUCCUUUCCUUGGGCAACAUCUUGGUCAACCUCUCUUCUUGCGUGGCGUUGAACCGUUUCCAGGCUGUGCAGUCUGUCGACAUUCUGGAAACUAAAGCUCAUGAGCUCAUGCAACAGAACAACUUCUUGGCCAGUGUCAUAUUCAACAGUUCCUUAUUCAGCAAGAACCUCAGAUCAGAGUCUCUCAAACUGCCACCCCAUGUCACAUAUACAAUUCGAACCAGUGUCUUGUACAGCAUGAGAACCGAUAUGGUGAAAAAUCCUUCCUGGAAGUUCCAUCCUCAGAGUCUACCAGCCGAUGGGUUUAAAUAUAACUACAUCUUUGCCCCGUUGCAAGACAUGAUCGAAAGAGCCAUCAUUCUGGUGCAGACAGGGCAGGAAACUCUGGAACCAGCAGCACAGACCCAGGCGAUCCCUUACCCCUGCCACACCAGCGAUCUAUUCCUGAACAACGUUGGUUUCUUUUUUCCACUGAUAAUGAUGCUAACUUGGAUGGUGUCUGUGGCCAGCAUGGUUCGAAAGCUGGUUUAUGAGCGGGAGAUCCAGAUAGAAGAGUACAUGCUGAUGAUGGGAGUACAUCCAACCAUCUAUUUCCUGGCUUGGAUCCUGGAGAGCAUGGCUGCAUUGACCAUAAGCAGUGCUUCCCUGGCCAUCAUUCUGAAAGCAAGUGGCAUCUUCACGCACAGCAAUGCCUUUAUUAUUUUUCUCUUUCUCAUGGAUUUUGGCGUGUCAGUUGUCAUGCUGAGUUACUUCUUGAGUGCAUUUUUCAACCAAGCUAAUACAGCAGCCCUAUGUACAAGUCUGGUGUACAUGAUCAGUUUUUUGCCUUACAUAGUUCUGCUGGUAUUGCAGAACCAGCUAAGUUUUGCCAUUCAGAUAUUUCUGUGCUCUCUCUCGACGACCGCCUUUGGACAAGGAGUAUUUUUCAUUACAUUCCUGGAAGGACAAGAGGCAGGGAUUCAGUGGAAUAAUAUGUACCAGGCUCCAGAACAAGGGGGCAUGACAUUUGGCUGGGUUUGCUGGAUGAUUCUGCUUGACGCAAGCCUUUAUUGUUUAUGUGGAUGGUACUUCAGCAACUUGAUCCCUGUAAAGUCCUGUGGCUCUCAGCACCCUCGACAGGUGCUUGUUGUGUACAAGAUGUUUAAGGUGGACACGAAAGCUCUAGCCACAGGGAAACACAACAGAGAUACCAAACACAACAGAGAUAGAUACCAAAAAGAGGAGAUAAAACCCUCAUUAGUUCUAGUUUACAUGAGAUAA